AUGGCGUCGGGGCUGGCGGCGCUGCGGAGGGUGCCGCUGCUGGGGGGCCCCGCGCCCCUCAGGCGCCUGGGGGCCGGAGCCCACGGGGGCCCGCCUCGGCGCGGCUGGCGGCUGGGCGCGGGGCUGGGCCUGGCGGCGGCGGCCGAUGAAGUGGGAGCCCCGGGCAUCGUGGUCGGCGUGGCCGUGGAUGGGAAGGAAGUGUGGUCAGAAGUUGCAGGGCUGGGCUACGCCGACCUGGAGAACCGCGUGCUUUGCAAGCCGGAGACAGUCCUGCGAAUCGCCAGCAUCAGCAAGCCCCUUACCAUGGUUGCCGUGGCGAGGCUGUGGGAGGAAGGCAAGCUGGACUUAGACGCUCCCGUGCAGAAAUAUGUCCCAGAGUUUCCUGAAAAGGAGUACGAAGGAACCAAGGUCACCAUUACGACGAGGCAGCUUGCCUCCCAUCUUAGUGGGAUCCGCCACUAUGAGAAGGACUCUGCCAAAGUGAAGGAGGAGAAAGAAAAGUUGAACAGAGCUUUGAAAGCAGAAAAGGGUGCCAUAAAACUUGACCCGAAAGAGAGAGAAGAGAAGGACUCGGAAGGGAUUGGGAAAUCCAAGCUGGAGCGCGAAGGCAAAAAUUCAAAAGGGGGAAGGAGAAAAAGAGAGUUUGAGAAUGAAGAGUAUUAUCUGAAAGAGAAAUAUGAUAAUGUGAUUGAGUCGCUCAAUAUUUUUAAAGACGAUCCUUUAUUCUUUAAGCCAGGGAGUCAGUAUUUGUAUUCUACCCACGGCUUUACUCUUCUGAGUGCCGUCGUGGAGAGAGCUUCGGGUCAUAAAUUCACCGAAUACAUGUUGAAAAUAUUUCACGACCUGGAUAUGUUGGCAACUGUCCUGGAUGACAACGAGCCGCUGAUCUAUAACAGAGCAAGGUAUUAUACCCACAACAAAAAAGGCCAGUUGGUCAACACGCCCUACGUGGACAAUUCCUACAAGUGGGCUGGCGGAGGCUUCCUGUCGACCGUGGGGGACCUUCUCAAAUUUGGGAACGCCAUGCUGUACGGCUAUCAGCUUGGGUGGUGGCAAAAUCUCGCCCCCGGCCUCCUUCCCGGUUAUCUCAAGCCCGGCACCAUAGAGAUGCUGUGGACAGCCGUGCCAAAGACAGAGGCGUCCUGGAGCAAAGAUGACAGAUACGGAAUGGCGUGGCAGGUUGUGGAGAAGAAACCGGCCUACGGCUUCUGCAGGGAGCCGCGAAACUAUGCCUACCACUGUGGGGGAGCGGUGGGGGCAAGUAGCGUCCUGCUCAUUCUUCCUGAGGAGUGGGACUCUGGGGCGGCCCCAGGCAGCAGCAUACCGAUGCCACCCAGGGGCGUGGUGGUAACCAUUAUUUGUAACAUGCAGUCCAUUUCUCUUAGCAAAACCGCUCUAAAGAUCGCAAUGGAAUUUGAAAAGGACAAGUCAGGAAAAUGUACUGAUAAAAACGGCUCCCACUGCAAUUGA